AUGUGCAACAUGACUGCAGAGAGCCAACAUUCCCCCGCUGAGGCCAGUCCUGUUGUCAUGUCUCCAAACCUGACUCUGGACUCUCCACUGCCUCCUACACCUACAGCGUUCAUGCUGCAGCACCACUCCAAGGACAACAUCCUCAUCAAAUCUGAGCCCAGAGGCAGCAGCCCCAAUGUGGAAGAUGCCUCCACUGUGGGGCAGGCCGAAGACAAUCUUCCCACCGGGAGUCGCAGGAGGAAGAGGCCAGUUCAGAGAGGAAAACCACCUUACAGCUACAUCGCCCUCAUUGCAAUGGCAAUCGCCAAUUCUACAGACAGGAAACUUACAUUGGGGGGCAUUUACAAGUUCAUCAUGGAGCGCUUUCCCUUCUACAGAGAGAACUCCAAAAAGUGGCAGAACUCUAUCCGCCACAACCUCACGCUCAAUGACUGCUUUGUGAAGAUCCCCAGAGAGCCGGGCAGACCGGGAAAGGGCAACUACUGGACCCUGGAUCCCGCCGCUGAAGAUAUGUUUGAUAACGGCAGUUUUUUGAGGAGAAGAAAGAGGUUCAAGCGCACAGAUGUGAGCACCUAUCCAGGCUACAUGCAGAGCUCCAGUGCAUUCACGCCCACUCCAAUGGGCAGAACUACCUAUCCCAACACGCUUUACGCUGGGAUAGGUCCAGGCUACGCACCCCAACACCCCGCCAUGAUACACCAUUAUCAAACUUCUGCAGCGGGGACUGCGCCUGGUCAGGCGCGCAUGUUCAGCAUCGACAGCAUCAUAAGCCAACAGCCUGGGCAAGGCGUGGAUCUCAACUCCCAGUUGGCUCUCGGAGGGGGGGACCUUGGCGCUAUGAACCCGGGAUGCUCUGUGACUCCCACGGACUCAUCUGCGUGCUUCCAGACUCAAAACACCAACAUUUUAAGUCGGAAUAGUACAAACAUGGCGUACCCUUACUCCACAUCAGCAUCGCCUCCAAACCUCCCCAGCAUGACGCAGUCGGGCUUCUCCCCGGGGGGCUCUCAGGUGUACUGCUCAGCCAACAGAGUCACACUGCCCCCAAUGAGACCCAGCUCAUGCGCUGACCACACGGAGCAGCUCCUGGGACUGACCAACAUAAACUCAUACAAUACUCCGUACAUGAGGCAGGCUAACUUUGCCUCGGGACUCGAAAGAUACAUGUGA